AUGCCGCCAAAGGAGAGCACACCCAUUGGUGGUAAAAAGGGAGCCCCAACUCCCGAUGCCACCCCUGACAGAGACAACGAAGAAAACGAGCAAGUAGAGCAAGAAGAGGAAGCUCAAGAUGAGGAACAAAACGAGGAUGGAGAAGAGGAACAAGAUGAGGAAGAACAAGAAGGUACGGAGCAGAAGGCACAGGCAUCAGUAGAAGACGACAAUGAAGGGGAACAAGCUGGUAGUGAUGGAGGGGCAGAAACUGGUGCCGAAGCCACUGCUGACGAGAAUGAAGGCGGCGAAGAAGCUCAAGACGAAGAGCCUGAAAAGGAAGUAGAAGAGAGCGAGGAUACUGCCGUUCACAACGAACCCGAACCCGAACCUGAACCGGAAAAGAAGAAGAAGAAGCAUCGCCGUCGUAAGGUCAAGGAGCCUGAGCCAGAAGAAGAGGAGGAGGAAGAGGAAGCUCCUGCACGCAAGCCCCGUCGUAAGAGGAGAGAUCGCCCUCAAUUCCUCGAACAAGAUAGCGGAAACGAUUAUAAACAACAAAUGCAAAUGAUGCAACAACAACACGAACAACAAAUGCAAAUGAUGCAAAUGCAACAGCAACAACAACAAGGUGGUGGUGCAGCGAAAGAGCAAGGAAAGCAACCUUUGAAGUUGAGACUAGACGUCAACCUCGAAAUUGAGAUUGAGUUGAAAGCCAAGAUUCAUGGUGAUUUGACAUUGGCGUUAUUGUACGUUCUAUCACAUCCCCCCUUACCAAUUUCCCCAUGUAUUUCAUAUGUCAUCUUCAACCCUACUCAGUGUAAAUGUCGAGAACAAGUACCUCUCAACACAAUUUACGAGCUCGGUCGAGCUGAUUAUUUUCAACAGGUCUUAAACGCAAAUAUUAUCCAUUCUAACAUCUAUCGUGUUGCUUAG